AUGGCCAAAAGCAGCUAUGCAGCAGCGGGAUUGUUGUCGGCGAUAGCUGCCGCAUCUGGUUUUUCUGCAAAUCACAAUAAUGCUUACGCCGACGACGAUGAUUCGCCGGCGACUUCGGCGGCACCGAAUACUCGAAAUGAUCAUCCGAGGACGAGCUCUGCUGGCUUUGAUCCUGAGGCCCUCGAGAGAGGUGUCAAGGCUCUCAAGGAAAUUGCUGCUUCACCCCAUGCCAAAAAGGUAUUUGAAGCUAUAAAGAAGCAAGAGGAGACGAAACAAGUUGAAUUUGCUGCAAAGGUUGCAGAGUUUAGACAAAUUAAAGCACAGCAUGAAACUGAAAGACAAAAGAUUAUAUAUGAUGAACAAAAGAAGUUAGCACAGCAUCAGGCACAAACAAAAUCCCAAAUGGCUAAAUAUGAGGAUGAGUUGGCAAGGAAGAGGAUGCAGGCGGAAAAUGAAUAUCAUAGAGCCAGGAACCAAGAGCUAGUAAAAAUGCAAGAAGAAUCAUCAGUCAGACUGGAGCAAGCUCGACGUGCAACAGAAGAACAGAUUCAAGCACAACGAAGGCAAACUGAAAGAGAGAAGGCUGGAAUCGAACGUGAAACAAUCAGAGUAAGGGCUAUGGCAGAAGCGGAAGGAAGAGCACAUGAAGCAAAGCUAGCUGAAGAUGUUAACAGGAGAAUGCUAAUUGAUCGUGCUAAUGCAGAGCGAGAAAAAUGGAUUGCUGCCAUAAAUACUACUUUUGACCAUAUUGGAGGGGGCUUAAAAGCCAUUCUAACAGAUCAAAAUAAGAUGGUUGUAACAGUUGGUGGAGUGACUGCUCUGGCAGCAGGGGUCUACACAACGAGGGAAGGUGCACGAGUUAUUUGGGGAUAUAUUGAUAGAAUAUUGGGACAACCAUCAUUGAUCCGAGAGUCCUCCAGAGGGAAAUAUCCCUGGUCUGGCAUGUUUUCUCGUACCAUGAGCUCCCUCUCUCGACAUACUGGUUCAGGAUCUGCUUCUAAAAAUGGAAAUGGUUUUGGUGAUGUAAUUUUGCAUCCUUCUCUUCAUAAAAGAAUUGAGCAGCUGUCAUCUGCAACUGCCAAUACAAAAACACAUCAAGCACCAUUCAGAAAUAUGCUUUUUUAUGGCCCUCCAGGAACAGGAAAGACAAUGGCUGCUAGAGAGUUGGCUCGUAAAUCUGGAUUAGAUUAUGCAUUGAUGACUGGAGGAGAUGUUGCUCCACUGGGAUCACAGGCUGUAACAAAGAUACACCAAUUGUUUGAUUGGGCUAAGAAAUCGAAAAGGGGUUUGUUGCUUUUCAUUGAUGAAGCUGAUGCAUUUCUGUGCGAGCGGAACAAGACCUAUAUGAGUGAAGCACAAAGAAGUGCACUAAAUGCCCUUCUCUUCCGUACUGGUGACCAGUCUAAAGACAUAGUCCUUGCUCUUGCCACAAACCGUCCUGGUGAUCUUGAUUCAGCUGUGACAGACCGUAUUGAUGAGGUCUUAGAAUUUCCCUUGCCUGGGGAAGAGGAGCGUUUUAAACUACUUAAGCUCUAUUUGGACAAGUACAUAGCCCAAGCUGGAUCAAGAAAAUCUGGCUUAAUUCAAAAUAUGUUCAAAGACAAACCGCAACAAAUAGAGAUUAAGGGAUUGACUGAUGAUAUCAUAAAGGAAGCUGCAGCUAAAACUGAGGGAUUUUCUGGAAGGGAAAUAGCAAAACUAAUGGCAAGUGUCCAAGCUGCUGUAUAUGGAAGUGAGAACUGUGUGCUUGACCCAAGCUUGUUCCGUGAAGUGGUAGAUUAUAAAGUUGCAGAGCAUCAACAGAGAAGAAAAUUGGCAUCUUCUGAUAAAGCUGGUGCAUGAGGAUGUUUAUAGAGAUUUUCUGAGGAACCAUUAUUAUAAUGUAGGGCUGGCCCGUGGCAUUUUAGUCUGGGCAUGCAUUAUUCAUUGAUUGUUCCCAAUAUUGAUGGGAAGAAUUUUGGAAUUUGAAUGUAGUUAAGUUUCAUUUGCGGCUGAUAAUCACUAUUCAAUACUUCACUAUUCAAUACGUAA